GUUGGGAAGAAGCCGGAAUUGAAGCAAACCUGGCUAUCGAUAGACAACUGGCCAGCACUUCUAGGAACAACGGAUUUUGGAUCCGAUAUCUGCCCUUCCUCAACAUGUUCGAAUUCCAGCAUGUCAGAAUCGAACGAAGCAACAAUAACGUACGGUAUCAGCUUAGGGGGGAACAUGACAAAUUACUUUUUGAAUGCGAUGCCGAACUAUGCAUCAACAUGUGGAGCAAUGUCAGGACCGACCAAUGGUUCUGUUGGAGACGAGACAGAGUGGAAAGAUUCCUGCAAUGCCUACGACAAUUUGACGGAUGGGAAAACGAGACCAUACACGAGAAUGGGAGGAUCAGCAGAUGAUGCAAUAUCUGUGCACUCUGAUGGAUCAGGGACAGAACCCGGAUAUGCCCCUGAAUAUGGACCCUACGACGGAGAAGAUUACUAUGACGAUGGAUUCUCAGAUGACAUUAGCGACAUCAUCAACAACGAAGACGAAUAUGAAGUCUACUAUCCCGGACAACAUCAACCAGACCCUGAUGCACCCGACUUCCAUGAGUACGACGCUUCGACUCAGUGGAGAAUCGAUUAUCCCUCAAGAACAGGCCAACCCACAACUCCACCUACCAACAACAAUCCAGCUCCAGGAGCCACAGGGACUGGAAUACGAAUAUUUAUCAAUGGAGUUGAACGAUGGAUCUACCCUGACAGAUACUACGAAAUCGACGAAGAAGGGAGAUCAGUAUGGUAUGCUUACACCCCAGAAGGAAGCAUUGCUGGUACAACAUCAGAAGGAAGCAUCGCGGACGCAACACCCGAGGGAA